CCCCCGGGAGGUCCCCGGAGAAGAUGGCAUUCUGGAGGAGAAAUACUCACAUUGAGAAGGAACGCCAUGUGAAAGCCAAUGCACAGGAGUACAAUGACAAGUUCUCUUAUGCUGACAACCGAAUCAAAACCUCAAAGUACAACAUCUUCACCUUCCUGCCCAUCAACUUGUUUGAGCAGUUCCAGAGGGUGGCGAAUGCUUACUUCUUAGUGUUGUUGAUACUGCAGGUAAUUCCAGAGAUUUCCUCUCUGUCCUGGUUCACAACCAUCGUGCCUUUAGUGUUGGUGUUGGUAAUCACGGCUGUCAAGGACGCCACAGAUGACUACUUCCGACACAAGAGCGACCAGCAAGUCAACAACCGGCAGUCUCAGGUUCUCAUCAGGGAAAGUUUGCAGAAUGAGAAAUGGAUGAACGUUCGAGUGGGAGAUAUCAUCAGACUAGAGAAUAAUCAAUUUGUUGCUGCAGACAUCCUCCUUCUCUGUAGUAGUGAGCCCUAUGGACUGUGCUAUAUUGAGACUGCAGAGCUAGAUGGAGAGACAAACCUGAAAGUUCGUCAGGCUUUGACUGUCACCUCAGAUUUAAAAGAUAUUACAAAACUGAUGGACUUUGAUGGAGAAGUCAUUUGUGAACCACCAAACAACAAGCUGGAUAAAUUUACAGGAACUUUAUACUGGAGAGACAAUAAAUACCCUCUGGAUAAUGAGAAAAUGCUGCUGCGAGGUUGUGUACUCAGAAACACUGAAUGGUGCUUUGGAAUGGUUAUCUUUGCUGGGUUGCAAACCAAACUGAUGCAGAACUGCGGAAGGACUACGUUUAAAAGGACUAGUAUUGACAAACUGAUGAACACUUUAGUUUUAUGGAUCUUUGCCUUCCUCAUUUGUAUGGGAGUUGUUUUGGCCAUUGGAAACACUAUCUGGGAGAGUUGGAUUGGCAGAAACUUCCAGGUGUUUUUGCCAGGGGAGGAGUUUCAGAGCAAUGCUGUUUUCUCUGGUUUCCUCACCUUCUGGUCCUACAUCAUCAUCCUCAACACUGUUGUGCCCAUCUCACUAUAUGUCAGUGUGGAGGUUCUGCGGCUCGGUCACAGUUACUUCAUUAACUGGGACCGGAAGAUGUUCUGCAGGCAGACGGACACUGCGGCGGAAGCUCGCACCACCACCUUGAAUGAGGAGCUGGGCCAGGUGGAGUUCAUCUUCUCCGAUAAGACGGGCACCCUCACGCAGAACAUCAUGGUUUUCAGCAAAUGCUCCAUUAACGGACAGACAUAUGGAGAAGGGCUUCGAACAUUAGCUCUUGCCUACAAAGAUCUCGACGAAGAUGAUUUUGAAGUUUGGAUGAAGAAGCUUCUGUUUGCCAGCACCGUGAUUGAGAACCGUGAGGAUCAUCUGGCUGUUCUCUACGAGGAGAUCGAGCAGGGCUUGAAGAAGCUUCUAGGGGCCACAGCAAUUGAGGACAAACUUCAGGAAGGAGUCCCAGAAACUAUCGCCUGUCUAAAUCUAGCCGACAUCAAGAUCUGGGUCCUCACAGGAGACAAACUAGAGACAGCGAUGAACAUCGGCUACUCCUGCAACAUGCUGCGAGACGACAUGAAUGAGGUGUUUGUUAUCUCCGGUCACACACUGCUGGAGGUGCAGCAGCAGCUCAGGAGUGCUAAGGAGCACAUUCUUGGCCUGAGUCGAGUUAGCAGCGCAGGAGACGUUGAGAAGACAGAUAUGUUUGCAGACGACUCCGUGUUCGAAGAAGCCAUUAUUGCAGAGUAUGCCUUAGUCAUCAAUGGACACAGUUUGGCCCACGCUCUGGAGCCACAGCUGGAGCACAUCUUGUUGGAUCUGGCUUGUUUGUGUAAAACAGUCAUCUGCUGCCGGGUCACUCCUUUGCAAAAAGCCCAAGUGGUGGAACUGGUGAAGAGGCACAAGAGGGCUGUUACCCUGGCCAUUGGAGAUGGAGCCAAUGAUGUCAGCAUGAUCAAGACUGCUCACAUUGGUGUUGGCAUCAGCGGCCAGGAAGGGAUGCAGGCUGUUUUGGCAUCAGAUUACUCCUUCGCUCAGUUUCGGUACCUGCAGCGGCUCCUUCUGGUGCACGGACGCUGGUCCUACUUCCGCAUGUGUAAUUUCCUGUGCUAUUUCUUCUACAAGAACUUUGCCUUUACUCUGGUCCACUUCUGGUACGGCUUCUUUUGUGGGUUCUCAGCUCAGACUGUGUAUGACCAGUGGUUCAUUACCCUCUUCAAUAUAGUCUAUACGUCUUUACCAGUCCUGGCGAUGGGACUUUUUGAUCAGGAUGUUAAUGACCAGAACAGCCUUCGCUACCCGAGCCUGUACAAACCCGGCCAGCAAAACCUUCUCUUCAACAAACGGCAGUUUUUCCUGUGCACGCUGCAGGGGAUGGGCACCUCGUUCCUUCUCUUCUUUAUUCCCUACGGAGCCUUCUCUGUCAUGGUGAAAGAGGACGGCUCCUACUUUUCCGACCAACAAACAUUUGCUGUGACCAUAGCAACAUCCUUGGUCAUUGUUGUAAGUGUUCAGAUUGGACUCGACAAACACUACUGGACUGCUGUCAAUCACCUCUUCAUAUGGGGAAGCCUCACAGUAUACUUUGCCAUACUAUUUGCAAUGCAAAGUGAUGGCAUAUUUGGCAUCUUUCCAAGUAAUUUCCCCUUUGUAGGCACGGCACUUAACUGUCUAUCAGAGAAGAGUGUGUGGUUGGUCAUUCUGCUCACUACUGUGGUGUGUGUUGUGCCCGGAUUAGCAGUCAGCUUCCUGAGAGUAGACCUCUUCCCUACUCUAACAGAUAAGGUUCGUCAUCUACAACAGGCAAAAAAGAAGGAAGGACCUCAGGAGCAUAAUCUGAGGCGAGUACGCAGGACAAGCUCCCGCCGCUCUGCCUAUGCCUUCUCCCACCAACAAGGCUAUGGAGAGCUGAUUACCUCCGGCAAAAACAUGAGGAUGAGCACUGUCUCUUCUGCUGGCUCCCCUGGAAGAACACCUCACAGCUCCAACUGGAUAGAAAAUAUGUUGAAGAGAAAGAACGAAGUGUCCUGCACCUCGGAUGAAAGCGACAACAGAGCAAAACAGACUCCAAAACAACAGGUCAGAGCAUGAACUCGACCCCUGACUAACAGAUACUCUACACACUGUAGGAGACCAUAUUAAUGGAUCCCACAGACCAAGCACAAGGUAUGAGUGUCUCUUGUUUGGGUGAAUUUAUGCUCAAAUCCAACAACACAGACAUACCUCAUUUUUUAUAAGUGUGAAUCACGAACUGUUCAAUGUUAAAGGCCAGUCAAAACAUGAUUAUCUAGAGGAAGCAUUUCCCAAAAAAAGUUUUUAUUCUUUAUCUGAAUAUAUUUGUUUAAUGUGCAAACUCAGCUUGACAACAGCAGGUAUAUUUUAAGACAAUAUAAUGCAUGAGUUGCUAAAGUUAAAGAAAUAUUUGUCGUCCUGCAUCACCUGAUCCAGUUUGAUCUUUAAGUGGCUUUAGUGUAUUGAUUUAAUGGCAUUUCUGAUUAAUAAGGGAUUUUGGGGCAUUUCAUCACCUUAAGAGGAACCUUUAGCUGUCACAAACUACUAUCUACAUAUAGAGUAUAAAUGACAUAAGCAAAUAUAGGGUAGCCCCAAGCACCAGUGAAAACAUUUAUUAGACUUCCAUCUGUAAAGCCUAUGCACUGAAACUCUCCUGUCAACAUACAUCCAAAGUGCUAAAAUACAAGUGUUUCUGUAAAUACUUAUGUAAAGCUGCUAGAUAUGAUGAUAAGCACAACUGCUGAUUUAAACAUCAAAUAUGGAACUUGUAAUGCUAUCAUUUUCCCCUGUGCUGUGCCUUUUUAUGGAUCCUGUUAAAGAUAAUCCAUCUUUUUUAUUUGAUAUUUUACAGUUCUUUGGCUUGAGUUUUAAUUUUAAUUUUAAUUUGUAUUAUUUAAAUUUUUAUUUAAAGAAAAUGUGUGUAACUGGACUGCAUGGCUUGAAUCUUAAAUACUGAUUUAUCCCCCACUUUAAACAUUGUACAGUUGCUGCACAAUAUUUAAACUCCAAACAUGACGCGUACUGCUUCCAAAAACAAAGAAUAAAGGAAAUUGUGAGGAGAGAGUGAGGUAUGAUGUGAUAAAGGUCCUGAACAGACAUAAAUAAAGAAUGCUGCAGUUACAUAUACCGUACAGUAGCAUGUGCCUUAGACCAUCGAGCCUCCACCGUCACUGCUCUCUAAUGAGGUGAACAUUUUCUUGUGCAGAAGCUCAAGGUCAAUGUGUGAUCUUACAAUCAGGACUUUCUACUUUACUCAAACCCGACACACUUUAACAGCCCGAGGAAACAUGUAAAGCCUGAAAAGAUUCAGCACAUUGGUUCUUCGUGAUUUUCUUUUGCCCUUGUUAAUCUCCGUUAUGUUCAUGUUUGUCAAAAAAAGGUAUGGAUGGA